UAAAUUCAGUCGUUAUUAUUUUAUGUCGUAUUCGUUAAGUUUACCGUAUUUACUCGUAUUUAAGUUGCGCCCUAAAUUUAGUGUUAAAUCUUGAUACAAAAUUGUUUCGUUUCAUAGUUUAGUUUUGCCCUAUCCCAAUUUUUUCAGUUAAAAACCAAAUAUAAAAUAGUGCGACUUAUACAAGAUUUAGUUAUACGGUAAUUUAGUUUAAGUUGGGGAACGAGAAAUUCCAAUAAUGUGACACAACUAUUUGGAAAGUCUUCCAAUCCUCUUUAUGGAAGUUUGAUCAGCCCCCAUCAUGUCUGAUGAUGAUGAAGCUCCCCCUGAUCUGGUCCCUGCAGAUAUUGUUAAGGUCCCUAUAACAAUCAUCACAGGAUUUUUAGGUGCCGGUAAAACAACUUUAUUGAAUUAUAUCUUGUCGGAAAACCAUGGGAAACGAAUUGCUGUUAUUUUGAAUGAAUUUGGAGAAGGAAGUUCCAUUGAAAAGUCUUUAGCAGUUGGUCAGAAGGGGGAAUUAUUUGAAGAAUGGCUAGAAUUACGAAAUGGAUGUUUGUGUUGCUCUGUCAAGGACAACGGAGUGAAGGCCAUAGAAAAUCUCAUGUUAAAGAAAGGAAAAUUUGACUAUAUCUUAUUAGAGACGACGGGUUUAGCUGAUCCAGGACCAAUUGCAUCAAUAUUUUGGGUGGAUGAAGAAUUAUGCAGUGAUAUAUACUUGGAUGGUAUAAUCACUAUGAUUGAUGCCAAACAUUGCUUACAGCAUCUAAACGAAGUGAAAAAAGAUAACCUGGUUAACGAAUGUGCAAGACAGAUUGCAUUGGCUGAUCUUGUGGUUAUCAAUAAAGUGGAUCUGGUCUCAAAAACAGAACUCUCACAGGUGAAGGAGAGAAUAUCGUAAAAACAAAAACUCUUUGUGCCCCACAAUCCACAUCUUGAUCAGUCAAUAACAACUGUGACCUUUGACAUCAUGGAGUCUGUGACCCAAUCGUCUGUGGAGCAAUUCCUUCAAAACCUUCUUUGGGAGAAAACCAUUUGUGAUGCUGGCGGGAAUCCGAUGGAGGUCUUCAGGAUGAAAGCUCUUCUGUUUCUGGCUGACAACCCGAGGAGGGUUAUUCUCCAAUCUGUUCAUGAAUUAUUUGACUUUCAACAAACGACCGAAUGGGCCGACACCGACAACAAGUGCUGCAGGUUUGUCUUUAUUGGUCGACAUUUGGACAAAGAUAUUCUCCAGAAGAAUCUUCUGACAUUUGUAGCCAAAGACGAACAUUAAAACUGAAUUUCUUGUGAAUUUUACACACACACACACACACACGCACGCACGCACGCACCCGCACACACACGCACACACGCACGCACCCGCACACACACACACACACACACACACACACACACACACACGUAAAAAUGAAGAAAAAAUAAAAAAAAUUUCUAUUAA